GCCGAAGGCCGCAUCUGGCCGGAUCAUCACUUCAUCAGCAACCCCAAGAGGAGCUAUUUGUGAAGAUGAUGGAGUUCGCGUUUGAUCUGGCAGAUCUCUGUUGACGGAGAAAAAUAUGCUUUGCAGCGAUUAACCUGACGACACGUGGAGUUUCUGUCAUGAAAUAGAUCGUCUCGUGAUAGCUAUAUUCUGUAAUAAAUAUUCAAAGGUUAAAACUUUUAGAACACUAAGAAAGCAGAUGAGAAGCUGCUGUGAUAGUAAUUGGAAAAGAUGCCGGUCGGUGUAUUUCCAGCCCUUAAAUUGGGCGUGCUGUUUGUCAAGCAGAUCAGUAAACCCCUAGCAAAAUUUCUGGUCAGUCAAGCCAAGAAUCAUCCUAUUUUCAGAACUUAUAUCAUCAUACCGCCAGCUCAAUUUUAUCAUUGGGCAGAAGUAAAAGCAAAGAUGUAUGUUAUGAACCUUGGUAAGCCUACAAAAGUUGCCAAGUUGAAUGAAACUAUGGCGAUUGAACUGGGUGCCAAUCUUAUUGGUGAGCUGAUAAUCUUUAGUGUAGCUGGAGCAUGCGUGAUAUUGGAGUAUAACAGGCAAGUCUUGAAAGAGGCAAAGAAAGAGGAAGUCCGUCAGAUGCAAAUACAGAAGUUCACAGACGACAUUCAAUCGUUAUAUAACACCACAUUGCAACAGGAAGCCCAAAUUUAUUAUCUGCAAAGCGCUGUCAAUGAAUUAGCAAGACAUGCGAAACAUAAAUUACCCGAGUUGCCAGUUUCAUUGCAAAUAAGUAAUAGCAGUAAUAACUCUGAACACAAUAGAAACAAAAAUUCAGCGGAAGCAAACACGGAAAGUGAGAGCACACCGUUGAUAGAGCGUGCUAUAGUGUAUUAUAACAAGGAAUUGAAAAGAGAUAAGUCGCUUAGCUAAAGAUUUAUACCUCUUUUUGAAACUUAAUGGCAGGAUUGGGAAUAUUAUUUUAUUAAUGUUGUAUCACAAAAAUGAUAAUACAUUAUCAUUAUCACAUAUAUUGUACAUUUAUAAAGUAACAACAAAAGUAAUGAUAAAAAUUCGUUAUCGUUACAGAUAGGAAAAAGUAACGAUUGUUAUUUUAAAAAAAGAGUAAUGGCAUUAUAAGUAACAUUUUACUUCCUGAUCCUGUAUAAUACAUAUGUAUUUGGAAAUAUAUAGAUGGCAAUUGGUAUUAGUAUUAAAAUGAGAUACAUUCAUAAUACUGAUAUGUACAUAACAAAAUUUAAUUCUGCAUACAGUAUAUUGCAAUCUGUUUUUGGAUUGUGAUUAAUUUAUGUCAGUUUUGAACAAAGAUUUAAAUAUUCUUCUGUAAAGAAUACUUAUCUGCCCUGUAUACUUAUAUAUGUAUCUACAUAACUUUAAAAUAAAUGUAGAUAAGUGUGAUUUAAUAAAAUUUACACAGAAAAAUUUAUAAUAA